AUGCAGGAGGAGGAGGAAGAAAAGGAACGUGGGGGAGGCUGGUUCGACUCCCCCUUCGAUUCUGCACCCAGAGCUUGGUCGCCAGAGACAGGAACCCCAUCCCCGACACUCAAGGCCAGGAAUGCAAGGGGGUUCUCAGGUGACCCCGGGUGCCCUAUGCACAAGAGUCACAGCAGGGGCAAGCUGAAGGCCAUAGGACAAUUCAGGCAGGCGCCGGCGAGGAACAUCACCGCAAAAUACACCAGGUGCACGCUGAAGGACCCGGCGAGCUCGCCUGGUAGCCCCCCGGCCACCACCGCCGAGUAG